AUGCCGGCUGCCUGCGAAUAUGCCAGACCCGACGAAGACGAAGUUAGUCGCAGCAGCCAACCUCCGGCACCCAUCGCUCGGGCUGAGCCCUCGUCAUCCGAUAUGCGUCUCUAUCUCCUCCCCAUUACCACGAGUCGGACUCUUCUCUACUCACAACGACUGAACAUUGCGACGACGAACCAACAAGGCUUGGCAGAUAAGGUCAGCAAGAGGGCAGCCAAGCUGUGGGCUGGCUGGGAAGCAAAAGAGAGCGGAUGGCAGAAGAAGGUCGUGAGCUAUGGAAACUACGCCCUGCGUCGAAUUCCGUACGAAGAAUGGGGGUUGAAGUCGGUGCCACCCAUUUCUGCGAGACGCAAGGACGAGGAGCUCAAGGGCAAAGAGAAGAUUGAAUUGGUCUUCCCGGAUACCAUCAUCCCAACAAAGCAGGCUGAGCAAGUCGUCAGGACACUGGCCACCGAACGAGAUGCGCUGCACAAGAGGAAGCUCAUAUGGUGCUUGAUUGGCAUGCCCAUCUCGGCGCCGUUCGCCCUGGUGCCCGUGAUACCUAAUCUGCCAUUCUUCUAUCUCGUCUACAGAGCUUGGUCGCAUUGGCGCGCUCUCGAGGGAGGCAAGCACCUCCGAUUCCUCGUUGACAAUAAACUUCUGGCCUUGUCCCCGUCAAAGCUAUUGAAUGACAUUUAUACGCCUUUAAUCCCAGAAAACACAACCGUAACACCGUCGAAACCAGCCCUUGGCAGCACGGAGCCUUUGAAAGGCAAGGGAGAAAACGCAAAGGACGAAACAAUCCUACUCUCGCAGGCCAAUGGCCAACGGAUUGCCAAGACGCUUGAUGUACCCGAGCUGGGCGUCGAAAUUGAGCGGGCCAUCUGGCAGGUGAACCAUGCCAAGAAGGCCAAGGAGGAAGAGGCUUCUGUUGAAGCCGCGGACGAUGCCGCAAAGGAAGCCGCAAAACAGGUCAACGCCAAUCCCACGACGGAUAAAGAAAAGCCUUCCGACCCGACCAAGGAGAAGAAGUAG